GUUACCCCUAAAAUGUGCACAAUAUAACAAACCCUCUGGAUUUUACUUUACGGAAAAAGCACGUGGUGGCCGUAAUGAUUCUGCGCCGAGCAGGACGCGAUCCGGAGCGGAUUCUUGGAUUUUCGUUCAGAGUUUUCGGGGGUCGAGGGUGAGAACGACGUGCGGCUGGGGUUGUUCAAUUACGUCCGUCACUCCGCGGCGGGGGGGCUGUUUUGCAAAAUAUUCACGAUUCUCGCGCGUUCAAACCAAAACAUUCCCGACCGUGUGAUGUUUCUCGGUGGUAAAUUUUUUUUGGUAUUUGUGUUAUUGGCUACCGAUCGUAUCUGUUUAUUUUGGGUCGUCGGUCGCCACGUUCGUAAUAUCGAAUCAGGCAUAUCAGUCCUCAAUGGAGACUUCGCGCGUGAUGCUUUACCCCGGUUCACAGAGCCAAUUCCCAACGUAACAGUGACCGUAGGCAGAGACGCUUUGCUCGCCUGCGUCGUGGAUAACCUUAAAAGCUGUAAGGUGGCUUGGGUGAGGGUGGACACCCAAACGAUAUUGUCCAUCCAUCACAACGUGAUCACUCAGAACCCUCGCAUAUCAGUGUCGUAUAACGAUCAUCGAUCAUGGUAUUUGCAUAUCAAAAAUGUCCAAGAGGUCGAUCGGGGGUGGUAUAUGUGUCAAGUUAAUACUGAUCCUAUGAGGUCUAGGAAGGGCUAUUUACAAGUUGUGGUUCCUCCAAGUAUAAUAGACAGAGAGACAAGUGCAGAUAUGGUAGUUUUAGAGGCAACUAAUGUGAGUUUAGUAUGUAAGGCGACCGGAUAUCCGGAACCGUAUGUCAUGUGGAGAAGGGAGGAUGGAGAAGACAUACGUCAUAAUGGAGAGAAUGUUAACGUGGUCGAUGGUGAGAUAUUGUUUAUAACAAAAGUGAGCCGACUACACAUGGGAGUUUAUUUAUGUAUUGCAUCAAAUGGUGUCCCACCGUCAAUUAGUAAGAGAAUACAACUUAAAGUACAAUUUCCUCCGAUGCUGUCUAUACCCAAUCAACUAGAGGGCGCUUACAUCGGUCAAGAUGUCACAUUAGAGUGCCGGACAGAAGCAUUUCCAACAUCGAUCAAUUACUGGACGACCGAACGAGGAGAUAUGAUUAUCUCCGGUAGCGAUAAGUACGAAACGGUAUCGACAGACAAUGGCUACAAGAAGUUCAUGCUGCUUAAAAUAAGAAAAAUCGAAAAGGACGAUUUCAGCUCUUACAAAUGCGUUGCCAAGAAUUCUCUCGGGGAAACCGAAGGGAUUAUUAAGUUAGAAGAAAUGCCCGCUCCUACUACUGAGAAGCACCUAAACGCCAUCAACCUCUACGAAACAUCUCAUCAGUCUAAAAAAGAAUAUGAUUAUGAUGGCGAGUACAUUUUACCCUCGAACGGACCUCCCCCGAUAAAAGAACCGCCCGUGAAAGGAUCAGCCCGCUCAAACUUGUGCAAUUAUUGCGACAGCCUGUUAUACGUUAGCUUUAUCCCUUGCAUACGUAGGAAUGUUUUUAAUUUCGUUUUUAGAUGAAUCCGAUGACGCUUUUGUUACUAUUAAAUUAGGCUUUCAAGGUAACAAACAUUCUAUUAGUUUCAUCUCGUUUUUUUAUUAAUGUCAAUUGUUUACUACCAUCGUUCCUUUUUCG